GGGGAAACAACUCUAAAAACAAAUGACGAAACUUCGACAGCUUGUGAGUUUUGAGUUAAACUGGAGGAAAACAUCUACACUGAUUUAAGAUGAAUACAUCUGAUAUCUUGACUUAUUUUGACAAAUUAAUCAAAGAUGAUCCCGAAAUGUCAGCUGCUGUUGCUGCAAUCAAAACACUUCUCAAGUUCAUUGAAGCAAAUAAGGUUGAAACACUUGCUGAAAUGAGAGCACGAUUGAAGGAUGCGAUAAACACACUGACUCAGACCGACAGUAGUGUAACUUCGAUAUCAUCAGGAUGUGAACUCUUUCUUCGAUUUAUUACACUAGCCAAUCUCCAGCAUUCAGACUUUCAAGAAUGCCAAAAAAUCCUGGUACAACGGGGCAAUUUGUUUCUUCAAAAGGUGGCAAGUUCUCGUCAAAAGAUUGCUAAAAUAGCUCAUCCAUUCAUCACAGAUGGAGCAACAGUUCUCACACAUUCACGGUCAAGAGUAGUUCUGCAAAUUCUGAAGGAAGCUGCCGAAGCCAAGAAGAGGUUUAAAGUCUAUGUUACCGAGUCAAUGCCAGACAAAUCAGGUUGCCAGACUUGUAAAGAAUUGUCUGCCCUUGGCAUUCCCACCACUGUUGUUUUGGAUGCAGCAGUAGGGUAUGUGAUGGAAAAGGUAGAUCUUGUUCUGGUUGGUGCUGAAGGGGUGGUUGAAAGUGGAGGAAUCAUAAAUAAGAUUGGUACCUACACAAUGGCUAUAUCAGCUAAGGCGAUGAAUAAGCCAGUUUAUGUUGUUGCUGAAAGUUUCAAGUUUGUUCGGCUUUUCCCUCUGAACCAGAAGGACAUUCCCAAUCAGUUUAAGUACCAAGCAUCAAUACUGAAGUCCGGUCAGGAUCUGAGUAAAGAGCACCCCCUGGUGGACUACACACCACCUGCUUACCUCACCUUGUUGUUUACGGACCUUGGCGUGAUGACCCCAUCAGCUGUCAGUGACGAACUGAUUAAAUUAUAUCUCUAGUGAAUUGAAUGUGAAAACAUUGUGAGUGUACUGUUAAUAAAUUGUUUUACAGAGA